AUGGAUGUCACUGCCACAUUCAUUGCAUUAUGCGACGUCCAUACCUCAUGCAUGCCAACGGGGAAGUUCUCCCAAGCGCACACGACCAUCGACCCGUCCCUAAGAUUGUACAAUGCUCGCGCAUACAAGUUCACGCAUGCUAUCUACGGAAUCUUGGAGCAUUUCGUCGCUCGUGGAACCAAGCCCAUCCUACUUUCCAUCGGCCUAGAUGGUUUCGCGUGCAAGCCAGACCUCAUCCUGCCAUGGUUCCAACGCUCACCGCCAUUCACGCUCGUUAUCCGCGAGAAUAAAUUGGUGUAUGAUAUGCAGGUAACGUACUUCCCUCAGCACGAGUCCCGCUUUUACUAUGGCCUCUUAGAGUCCCACGACCUACGUCAGGCACUUUCCGCGGAGAAGGCCGCCGAGGACGCCGUCAAGAACCUAUUGGCGGCCCGGAAGGCUUGCCAGGACUAG